AUGACUCACUUUCAUCCAAAAGCUCUAACUGUCACUAUUGGUGUAGCAUUACAUAGGGCGAUUAAAUUUCAUGUCGUGAACGCGUCGUGUAUUGACAACGAGCGCUCUAUGAGCGCACCAGUGGGCAAGUUGGGCGAAUUUAGCCAUAUUCAGCUCGCUGGAGUAGAGUUGGAUAUCUGUGUGCCCCGUGGCGGAUAUUCGCUACACGUCCAGCUGAUGAAAAGGGCUUGA